GGAUGCCCUGAUAUCCCUGCUUCAUUUCUACAUUGAAUACGCAUACUACAGCCUUCUUUCUCAUCACUUGUUUCUUUGUUCACUCUUCUCUUCUUCCCCAUGGCUUUAGAAACUACGCCUAACCACACCCAGACCGUAGCAGGGUGGGCGGCUCACGAUUCCUUCGGCAAGAUCGUCCCUUACAUCUUCAAACGAAGGGUAAACGGCGUGAACGAUGUGAGUAUCAAAGUGAUGUACUGUGGGAUCUGCCACACUGACCUCCACUUUAUUAACAACGAUUGGGGUAUCACGAUGUACCCUGUAGUUCCUGGGCAUGAAAUUACUGGGGUGAUCACCAAGGUGGGCAGCAACGUGAAGAACUUCAAAAUAGGGGACAGGGUGGGAGUUGGUUGCUUGGCAGCAUCCUGUUUGGAAUGUGAAUUCUGUAAAAACUCACAGGAGAACUACUGUGAUCAGAUCCAGUUCACCUACAAUGGUAUUUUCUGGGAUGGCAGCAUUACUUACGGUGGAUAUUCCGAUAUGCUAGUUGCUGAUCACAGGUACGUUGUCCACGUACCAGAUAACCUGCCAAUGGAUACAGCAGCCCCACUAUUGUGUGCUGGGGUAACAGUUUUUACCCCCAUGAAAGAUUGCCAACUGCUGGAGUCACCGGGGAAAAAAGUGGGAGUGGUCGGCCUGGGGGGUCUUGGUCAUGUUGCUGUUAAAAUGGCAAAGGCAUUUGGUCAUAACGUAACCGUCAUCAGCACUUCUCCGUCGAAAGAGAACGAGGCUAAACAGCGUCUGGGCGCCGAUUCUUUCAUAGUGAGCACUAAUGAUGAACAAAUGCAGAGAGGUAAGAGGACUCUAGAUGUUAUUUUGGACACUGUGUCAGCACAGCACUCACUUGGACCUGUCUUGGAACUGCUCAAAGUGAAUGGGACUUUAGCGGUUGUGGGGGCACCAGACAGGCCAAUGGAGCUGCCGUCCUUUCCAUUAAUAUUUGGAAAGAGAUCGGUGAAGGGAAGCAUGACUGGCAGUAUGAAAGAGACGCAAGAGAUGAUGGAUGUGUGUGGGAAGCAUAACAUCACGUGCGAUGUAGAGCUUAUCAAGCCAGACCAAAUCAAUCAAGCUUUGGAUCGCCUCGCCAGGAAUGAUGUUAGAUACCGUUUUGUUAUCGACAUUGCCGGAAGCUCUAAGCUUUAAAGAUCGAAUCAGGAUUGCUUAGCUUUCUUCUUCCUCAUUUUUUCACUUGUUCCUAUCCAUUAUGUUAGCACUUGGCAAGCUACUCAUAUAUAUAUAUGCAUGU